AUGGGACGGAAGAAGAGUGGAAAUGAAUUGCCUGAACAGGUUACGCUGUUUGAUGAUAAGAAUUGCUUCAAGUUGCUAUUAGAGGAUACGGACUUAGAUGAUUGCUUACACAAGAUCAAUAAAAAGCUUGAAUUGAGGGGUUUAUUUGAUAUUUCACUCGUCCUCACUAGAAAUGGAAAAGAUAUUCAACAAAUUCGUAAUGAAGACGAUUUCAACGCGGCAAAGAAUAAUUCAAGGGGCUUUCAAAAGUUUAAAUGUAGAUUUGAGUUGAGUUUGAAACACCCUCAAACUCCAAUUCAAUCCACUUCAAACGCUGCGACGACGGCGACGACUGCAACAACAGCAAAGAAACAUCUAUCCACUAAUCCUUCCUUCUCCUUACUUUCCUCUGACCCCACUUCCCCUAUCACAAAGCAAGGAAGACGCAUCGCACAACCAAGAUCUGCAAUCAUGUCUAAAUCCACAGACUCACAUCCACCCAUUGAAGAUUACUUUGCUCUUUUUGUCAAGGAGACUAUUCAAGAGUACUUUUCCCUUCAAUCUCAUCAAAAUUCCUAUCAAAAUAACUUGAAAUCCAUCUCAGACAUUCCUCAACUCAGUGCUAUGCGCUCUACAAUUAUCUAUAACAGCGACGAUAGCGAUGAUAAAGGUAAGAGACAAGUCACCACUCCUUCUGACGUCGAUCAGUUACAAUCUUCACCUCCUAAGAUAUACUCUAACAGCCAGCCACCAACUCUAGAAGGCUUAAAUGAGCAAUCUGAUGAAGAAACUCAAACUGAUCAAGAUGCUUUCAAGCAAUUUGAUGCAGGUUACAGUUCUCCUAUUGAACAAUUUGAUCAGGACCAUGAAUCUCUACCUCCCUCCCAAAUUCCUCCAUCUGCUCAGCCACAUCCCUCAAACCAAGUUGAUGAUUCAAGUGAACAGCAAGAGCAGUAUGAAAAUUCUGAGAAGCAAUCUAACGAGGAUGAGGAUCACCCUGUAGAUAAGUCACAACAACCAACUGAAACACCACAUAAACAAGAAAAUUCUCAUCAAGAGCAUGGGAUGGAACAAGACACUAAACAAGAGUCCCAAACACAACCACAGUCACAACCACAGUCACAGCCACAGUCACAGCCACAGCCGUUACUACAACCACAGCAACAACAACAACAACCUCAACCAAAUUCAGAAGAAGUGGCAAGAGAAGAACCUUCUGAAAUACAGCUAUCCUUACCAUCCACUCAAACGACUAAGCCAACUUUCUCACAAUCACCGCAAUCAUCUCCCUUUAAACACCCAUCGUUACCACACGAGAGGCAAGUUCAAGACGAAGAGCUCGACCUAUCUAAGCUAUUCGGUAGCUCAACCCAAGUACCCAAACAACCUCGUCGCAGUAUCCAAGCAGUACUUGGUGACGAAAAGGACGAUGAAGCAACAGAAAAGUUGAUUGAUGGUGCAAAAGACGAUGACGAAGUAAUGACCGACUAUGAGAGUGAUGACACCCAAGACCGCGAAAGAGAGAAGACAAAGUUGAAUAAAUCAACAAAUGCAAAUAAACGUGGCUCGUCUGAAGAGAACAAUGACAAUUUUGACGAUAUCUAUCAAGAUGAAGAUGAAGGCCAAGGUGAAGGUGAAGUUAACGAGGAUAAUCAACGGGAGCAGCAACAAGAGAUGACAAGAAAUGCACCUCCGGUUGUACACUCUACAUCUAAUCUCGAACCAGUUCCAGCAGGAUCUCCAACUGCGUCUGAGAGAGCCGUCUCUGCACAGGUAAAUUCAUCUAUGACUGCCAAUCAGAGUUUUGGUGGUGAUUUAAAUAUGCUUCAAGGUGCCAGAGGUGGAAGGAGAAGCGAUGUGUCGAUGGCUCAGCUUGGAACACAGCCUGAGGGAACUUUCCUUGGAGAUGAAGUGCAUAAUACUAAUGCUGCUACGCGGAAUGAGAUGCAGGCUGAACGGAGUGAAGCUCACACCGAGCCUCACCCACCUACUCAUACAGAAUCACCACAGAAGAGUCCAAAAAAGGAGAAUACAAAGGUGCAUGAAGGGGAGCGAGAAAAGGAGAAUGUAGAAGAAUCGCCACAGUCACAUCAACAAUCACAGACACAGGAUUAUACACAAAUUCAAGCUGCGAGUGAUAAUUUUAUGAAUGCCCCCAUGCAGGCACCCGAGCAAUCUCAGGAUACGGUUAUACCCGACAGUCAGCCAGCAACACAAGAGGAGAAUCGACCAUCGCUCAAAAGAACGCGUGAGGAGAAUACAUCCGACGAGGACGCCGAAGCCCAUGAACAAAAGACAAAGCGACAACGCAUGGAAACUAAGAAUAACGGUAUACAAAUCCCAAGUAAUAAUCGCCCGCGUCAUUCAGAAGGAGGCAUCAUAGAACCACCGCGCAAAAUAGCAAUGCCACCACGUCUGUCGAUAAACUUUGAUGAUCUUGUGAAAAAGUCAUCGAAGAAGCCUCAAUCAGGUGGUAGAUCGAGUAGCUCAUUCCUGCCACUCUCGGAGAUUGUCAAGGAUAAGACGAGGUAUGCGAUAGAAUCACCAAUGGCCUCUCCGAGAGCAUCGCCUGCUUUAGAGGGACGACCUCGACCAACAGUACAACGCGUUAGAACAUCAGACCCCGACGAACCGUCGUCGUCAUCGAGCGAGAGUGAAAAGUCAGAAAGCUCUGAUGAGGAGGAAGCCAAGAAACCACGUCGUAGGAGUGUAAUGCCAGCGCCAGUGAGUAAGAUAGCGAGGAUGAAUGAAUCUGUUAGGAGGGCGAGCGGGAGUGCCAUACCGGCUGAGAGAAGAGCCGGGGCUAGCAACGUUGCGCCUACUCGCGUAACCAGAUCCAAAGUAAAAGCAGGAGGUUUAGCAGAUAUGUGA